GCCACUCAAACAAAGGAAGAAAUAAAUAACCAAGAAGCAAAAGUAAAUGACACUAUAGAAAAACAAUCAACUCAAUACACAACAAACACAAGUAAACACAACAGAACAUGUGUCUCAAAACAACAAAGCACUAGAAAAAAAACACAUGAAUCAGAAAACAACGUAAACAAAGAGGUACACAUAAACCACAUAACGGAUACUCACUUAGACAAUCAUGCCAAUCAAUCAAAUGAUAGGCAAGAUGAGAUGGAUAAAUCUCUACCCGGUUCAGCUUUUCAAUACAUUAAGGCAAUAGUCCACAAAUUGGAUCCCCCAAAUCUGGAGUUUAGCCCAGACAACUCCUAUACCAAAGAAACACUAGACACGAUAGAAGUAGAUACUCCACCCCAAAAGCAGGUUGCAACAACCAACUCAGAAUCUGACAGAACAAAUAUAGCACUACAAAAUGCAGAAGCCAACUCAUUAGCUAAAGAAUCAGAUAUAUCUAUGCCAGAUUUCUAG